AUGUUUACAAAUACUCUAGGUACUUAAAAUGCUUUACUUUAACAAUAAUAAUAAUAAGGUUUAGCAGGAUAGAGUUCUUUAGUUUUUGGUAAUAACGCUGUUUCCAAUACUAUAUUUGGACAAACACAACAAUUAAAUGCACCAAUAGGAUAAAUAUAAAAUUAAGGAAUACAUGGAUAAUAGUUAAAUUAACUUGGUUAACCUUAAAUAUAUGGAGGCUAGAUAUAAUAGACAACAAAUUUAACAUAAUAACCUUUAGGUUAAUAAAUGGGAUUUUUAGGUUAGUAAACCGCAUAAUUGGGUUAAACAUAAUAAACAGGAUUUCUUGGAUAAUAACCUAAUUUAUAAGGUGGAUAAAUUCAAUAAAUGUAAUAACAAUCAUUACUAUAGUCAUAAUAGCCAUAAUAAUAAUAAUAAUCAUCGUAAUAAUAACAAUAAACUAAAUAAUAUACAAUUUAGCAAAUAAAAAAUGAAACAUAGAAACAUAUAGAUAACUUAACUAAAACUAUAUUAAAUAAGGAGAAAAUAGAGAAAAAUUAGAAAAAUUUAUAAUUAAUUGAAAAGAAUUCUCUUAGAAAUAUUUAGUAAUAAUAAUAAUAAUAACCUCAGGUGAAUCAAUCUAUUGGAUAUGGUAUAGUUUAAUAAUAAGUAAUUAAACCAAUCUAAAAAGCUGAUCCAAGAAAUCAUACAGCAAAAGUUGAAAAAUAUUAUAGUGAAUGGAAUAAAGGAAUUUAAAGAAUUGUAUAAAAAUAAGGAGAAACUAUUAAUUAAUUAAAUGAAUUAAAUUCACUCUUAAGUUAAUAAGAUACUUUUUAUGGUAUUGUAAAAUAUAACAUUUAUUAGAAAUAGAUGAAGAGUCAUUAAUAGAUUCUAUUAAAUAACUUGGAAAAGAACUUAAUUAAUUAGAAUAAAAGAUUAUAGAUAUAGCUAAAUUGUAAGAGAAUAUUUUAGGAUUAGAAAAAGAAGAAUCAGAAUGGGAUUAAAUUGUUAAUAAUUUAAGUGAAUGUCUUACUUUACUAGAUAUAUAAACUGUAUAUACAUUUUAUAAUUUUAGAAAGAAGUUGAAGAUUAAUUAAAUCAAGCAGAAACACAUCCAAAAGUAGUAAAUAAAUGA